GUGAAACCAAACUUGCGCCUAACUUAAGAGACAAAGUCAACUACGUGGUUCACUAUAGAACACUACAACUGUAUCUUAAACUUGGUCUCAAGUUAACAAAGAUUCAUCGUAUUGUUUCAUUUAAACAAAGCCCUUGGCUGAAGCCCUACAUUGACUUCAAUACUGAAAGAAGGAAAAGUGCCACGAAUAAAUCUGAUUCAGACAUGUUCAAACUGAUGAACAACAGUUUUUAUGGUAAAACUUAUCAAAACAUUAGAAAGUAUAGAGAUGUAAAAUUUCUAACAAAUGAAACGAGGAUAAAAACCUGCGCUUCCCAAAUAAACUGUCAGGAAAUAGUAUCAGUUACAGAUGAGAUUAAAGCUGCUUUUAUGAAAAAGGUUCAAAUUACUUUGAAUAAACCAAUUUAUAUUGGCUUUUCUGUGCUGGAGAUCUCCAAAACAUUAAUCUAUGAUUUCCACUACAAUUUCAUCAGAAAAAAAUACAAAGACAAAGCAAGACUUCUCUUCACAGACACAGACUCUCUGUGUUAUGAAAUAGAAACAGAAGAUCUUUAUGACGAUUUACUACAAGAACUUGAUCGUUUUGAUACAUCUGAUUACCCAAAGGACCAUAAACUCCACAGCGAUGUGAACAAGAAAGUCAUUGGUAAAAUGAAAGACGAGACGAAUGGGGUACCUAUUGAGGAAUUCGUGGGUCUGAAACCCAAGAUGUACAGUUUGAAGUAUGAUGGAAGCGGGAAGAAAUGUGGUUUUGGUGUUGACACAUAUUUCCAGGGACGAAAGCUUAGCCACGAUGACUACAAGAAAUGUUUGGAUAACCGCGAGGAGAGUGAGAUAGAGCAGGUUAAAAUUACCUACAUAGGUCACCAAGUGCACACUGUACGUGAACGCAGAGCAGGCCUCUCGCCGUACGACGACAAGAGAUAUGUACGGGACGAUGGAAUUCAUACCUUGGCGUAUGGCCAUAAGGACAUACCUGUGGUACAACGGGCAUAAGGACAUACCUGUGGCACAACGGCCAUAAGGACAUACCUGUGGCACAACGGGC